UACUGGAGACAGCCUGCUGGGGGCGCUAUGCAGACACGCGUGAGCAAGGUCACACCGUGUGCCAUUCUGCUCUCUGCGCUCAAACGCCGCAGCUGCCGUCGUCUUCCCUACUCUACACUGUCGCACAACCAUGGCGGACAGCGCUAGCGAGAGCGACACCGACGGAGCGGGCAGCAGCUCAGCCACCCCGAUGUCCUCCUCCGCUUCAAAUUCGGGAAAACCGAGCAUAGUCAUUUCACAGUUUCGCUUGGAGGAACUGACGAACCGCCUGGCCUCCCUACAGCAAGAGAAUAAAGUUCUUAAAAUUGAGCUGGAGACGUUCAAACUCAAGUGCAAAGCCCUGCAGGAGGAGAAUCGGGACCUCCGCAAAGCUAGCGUCACCAUUCAAGCAAGAGCUGAGCAAGAGGAGGAAUUUAUCAGCAACACCUUAUUCAAGAAGAUCCAGGCUCUUCAGAAGGAGAAAGAGACCUUGGCAGUCAACUAUGAGAAGGAGGAAGAAUUUCUCACCAACGAGCUGUCAAGGAAGCUCAUGCAACUUCAGCAUGAAAAAGCAGAGUUGGAGCAGCACUUGGAACAAGAGCAGGAGUUCCAAGUUAACAAGCUCAUGAAAAAGAUCAAGAAGAUGGAGAAUGAAACCAUCUCAAAGCAGUUAACCUUGGAACAGUUAAGGCGGGAGAAGAUUGACCUUGAGAACACAUUAGAACAGGAACAAGAAGCCCUGGUCAACAGACUGUGGAAACGAAUGGACAAAUUGGAGGCUGAAAAGAGAAUCCUUCAGGAGAAGUUGGACCAGCCAGUGUCGGCUCCUCCCUCCCCAAGAGACGUUUCCAUGGAGAUCGAUUCACCAGAGAACAUGAUGCGGCAUAUUCGCUUCCUGAAAAAUGAGGUGGAGAGGCUUAAGAAAAGCCUGCGCACCACGGAGUUGCAGCACACAGAAAAACGUGCCCAGUACAUUGAGGAGGAGCGACACAUGAGGGAGGAGAACAUACGGCUCCAGAGAAAACUUCAACGGGAAAUGGAACGUAGGGAGGCUCUGUGCAGACAACUGUCGGAGAGCGAGUCCAGCCUGGAGAUGGAUGAUGAGAGGUACUUCAACGAGAUGUCUGCACAGGGCUUGCGAGCAAGGACUGUGUCCAGCCCCAUCCCGUACACUCCAUCACCCAGCUCCAGCCGACCCAUAUCCCCCGGUCUUUCAUAUGCCAGCCACACAGUUGGCUUUACCCCUCCAGCUACUCUGUCCAGAGCGGCCAUCUCUCACUAUAACACCCCUGCCCUGCACGUCCACGGAAGCUCCUCACACGCCGUAGCGAGGCCCUCUCCAAGAAGAAGCACCAGCCCCGACAAAUUCAAACGUCCAACACCCCCACCUUCACCCAACACGCACUCAGGGGCCCUACAGGCUCAGCCGCCACUACCCCCACCAGCUCAGCCCAUGGUCCAGUCCAUGUCCUCCCCGGCAGCUAUGUCACAGCAUGCGGCAGCAGCGCAGCAGCCUCCCUCCCAGCCUUAACACCACACACACACACAGUCUCUCAUCUUUGCACGUGAGUGCGCCCGAUGAAUGCCACGAUGCUACCGCAACAGCAGCUUCCAUCAUUACCAGCUCUGGAAGCUUCUUACUUUUUACCAAUUCCACAAAUGAAGCAGCUUCAAAAGUUUUAGAGGGCAAAGAAACAAAAUGGUGGCUCAGUGAAGCUGGCUGCCUGCCAAAUCCACAUGUGGCAUUACUUAACGUCUCUUAAAAGAAAAGGAUGGACUGAAAAAUAAUUGCUUCUGGGAUUUGUAGGCCAAUAAUCUGUUCCACCUUCUGUCUUGUACAUGUAUGUUUUUGUUUACUUUGCUUGGAACUUUAGCUGUUUGGAAUUGUUGUGGCUCUUCUAAGAUAGCACAAACAGCACAUACAGUAUGUUUCAUGGUGUAUUUUUCCCCUCACAGGUUGAGUGUUUUGCUUAACGAAUGGCUAGAAAGUUGGAUGGACUGAUAGACGGGCGUGGUCGAUUCUUUUAAAGCCUAUAAUAUGACACCUGAUUGGAGUAAUGUCCUCCACUCUGGGUCGCCACCUCUGUCUCUGAAGCAUUGUCGUCAGUUUGCCCCAGCCACAAGUCUAAAUGGCCUCCGAUAGGUCAGCAGGUGUUGAAAGACUGCAAGGAGUUUCUCCACUCAAACAGGGUUCGUGCCACAGUAAUUUUAGUUUCUGAAAGCAUUCAAGGCUCUGCUGCUUUUCUGUAAAAAUGAAAAGGAAAAAAAGCAUCAAUGAGGAUGGACUCCGGUACAUAAACCACAGAUAAAUGUCGCCUUUUUAGGUGUUUAAAAUGUAGUCUGAGGUGUUACAACUUAGUCAUGUACUCAGUCUCUGCUCUUCUCUCUCUCUCUGGUGUAUUUCUAAAAGCUUCUAUCAUCCUUAUGGAUAUUCCUCAUGAGAAAAAGGAAAAAAACAUAAUGCUCUUUACACUAAAUAUACAUACUGCUAAAACAUUCUAAAUGAAUGGUACUGUUGAACUAAAUUUCUAUGUAUGAUUAAAGCUCUUGAGAUGA